AUGAUCAAUCUUGCCUUCCCGGUUUUAGACUCGAUGUUAAUGGAAGUUGAAACGUCGAUGACCUGCUGUAAAGGCCUAUUGAAGAGAAGUUUUGAGGAGCUACAAUCCUAUUGCCAAUUCGAUCCAUCUUUUUCAACAGUUGACACAGAAAUCUCGUCGAGCUUCAGAGGCCAGGCUAAAAGUGGUAGAGUCCGUGUUGUUUUCCGUACUGCAGAACCACUGAUACCUAAACCAAGCUCAUCAUCUUCUGAUGGACUCUCGAUCAAAACAUCAUCUGAUGGUAGUUAUUCAAUCAGUAUCAAUAAUAUGACAUGGUUUAACAGUGCUCCUACAUUCUUCUUUACUGAUGGUCAUAAAUUUGUUAGUGGUAAAGAUCUGAAACUAACAACAACUACAUCUGAUGAAGGUAGUGAUGAAAUAGGUCGAUGGUCUAGUACUAAUUUUAACUAUCAAGCUGGUAAUGUGAAUAUAAUUACCUAUAUUAAGACGUACCACUAUCCCAAAUUGCCAUUGAUUAUAUUUGGCCAGAAAUAUGUCAAUGGUGCCCAUAACACAUCAUCUGGUGAUGCGGAGGCAACCAUUUCUUCUUUUCCUGGGUUCACACUAGAUGAUUCCAUACCACAAAAUCUUGGUUGCUUAUCCUAUGGUGGUUAUAUGUUUGGUGAAACUGCAAGAAAAAUAGGAAGAUAUGAUUCAAGUGGAAAAAGUAUUAAUUUUGGUGUCGAGGGAGGACCUUACGCUGUUUAUGACAAUUCUGGUAAUGCUGUGGUAUUUUCACCAGCUAACAGAUUUAUGUCAACAUCAGUGUGGCACGAAUCAGCCAGUGAAACUAAUGGAGCUCUACACUGGGGUACCAUGGGGUUAGUAGAUGAAGUACCAGAAGAUUAUCAGAUGGAAACUGUGGUAUAUUAUAGUGAUCAAGGUAUUAAUAAGGCGUUUGAUGGAUGGGGUGAAUACUUACGAUAUCGACAUGGAAGACAUGACUCUUAUGUACUGAGUGAUUUAACAGUAAAUUAUUUAGGUUUCUGGACAGAUAGGGUUCGAAUUCUUCUUUUAUUAGGAGCAUACUAUUUUCGUAUGACAGAGAAAAAUAAAACUUAUGAAGACACAAUAAUAGAUAUCAAGACUUAUAUUGACGAAAUCAAAGUUCCUUAUAGGUAUAUUCAGUAUGAUAAUUGGCGAUAUACUUGGGGAAUGUAUAACGGGGUAAAAGAUUGGGCUCCUAAACCAGAAGUAUUCCCUCAUGGAUCGCAAUAUGUAUACAACAAGACUGGAUUACCUAUUUUAGCACAGAACAAAUAUUGGGCACCAGAUACAGUGUAUGCUAAACAAAAUGGAGGUGAUUAUGAAUUUAUCGUAGAGAAAGAGAGAGCUCUACCAAUUGAACAGAGGUUCUGGGAUGAUUUCCUCGGUGAGGCCAGAAAAUGGGGAUUAAUUGUUUAUGAACAGGAUUGGUUAAAUAUUGAAUUCAAAACCUUGAAUGCUUUGCUGACCCAAAUAGAUUUGGGUACUAUGUGGUUGACACAAAUAGCAUCAGCAGCCAAAAAGCAUGGAAUGACUAUGCAGUACUGCAUGUCUAAUACAAAAGAAGCUAUGCAAACCUUAGAACUGCCAAUAGUAACUCAAGCUCGAGUAAGUGGUGAUUAUCAGCCUGGUAUUGAUCAAUGGAAAAUUGGUGUUACCUCAAUAUUUGCUCAUGCAAUGGGUAUUAGACCUUUCAAAGACAAUUUCUGGACAAUUGGAAUUCAACCUGGAAACUCUUACAAUAUGACUGAAACCCACCCUGACUUAGAAGCAGCUGUUGCAACUUUAAGUACAGGACCAGUUGGUCCCAGUGAUAGAAUUGGUUACAGUAAUGUUACACUUAUCAUGAAAUGUUGUAAUACUGAUGGUUUAAUAUUAAAACCUUCUAAACCUGCUACAGCUAUUGAUGAUCAGAUUAUUCAGUCAGCUUUAGGUAGCGGAGGUCCUGAAGGUGAAGUAUGGUCAACUUAUUCUAAAAUUGGUGAAAUAUACUUUGGUAUUAUUUUAGCAGCUAACAUGUCCAAUGUUUAUAGUUUGACACCUUUCAAGGCUGGAUUUGAUACUAUUGAAGAAUUGGUGGUAUUUGAAAUGGAUAGGCCUACAAGUUUAACAGUGUUCUCUAACAUUUCAACAAUAGACAUAACAACUGGUUGUACAAAAGUAGAUUUCUGUUUGUAUUAUGUAUCACCAGUCCUUACUAUAGGCAACCACAAGAUAGUAAUAUUAGGAGAGAUUUCUAAAUGGGUACCAGUAUCCCCACAACGAGUAACUCAAAUAAAUCAAGAUUCUAAUGAGUUAACAAUAGAUAUAACUGGUCAACCAGGAGAAUCAGUUCCAUUCUAUUUUAAUAUUGAUGGACAAACCAAUACUAUUAAUUGUGCAUUAGGUCUUCUAGUUUUCCAACAGAUAACAGAUAAUCUACCGAAACCAAACCAAACCAACGACUACCAUUCAACUACCAAUCAACAAGAAAUACCAUGA